AGAUGACGCUAACACCCUCUCCCACUGCGCUCCCCAGCGCCGCCACAAAAUGGCGACGGCCCGUCCCGCCCCCGCUCGGCCGUGCCGCGCUAAGCACCGCCCCCGCGACCGUCCCGCCGCUGCAGUGUGUCCCUGCGGCGCCGCCGUCGCUGCUGUUCCCUCCGCCCUCCCUUCCGCCCGCGGUCCGGUUCCCGGAGCCAGCGGCGCGUCCGUCGCCGCCGGUGCUGCGUCCCGCUGCCAUGUUGGCCUCUGCCGCUGCCCUUCUCCACCGCACCGCCGUCUCCGGCCUCCGCGCCGCCGUCUGCCGCUCCGCUGGCCCUGCAGCUGUACUGCGUGCCCGCUGCUACUCCCAUGGCUCACAAGAAUCAGAUGAAGAAUUUGACGCUCGUUGGGUGACCUAUUUCAACAAGCCAGAUAUCGAUGCCUGGGAGCUCAGGAAAGGCAUAAACACACUUGUGGGUUAUGACUUGGUUCCGGAACCAAAAAUCAUCGAUGCAGCUCUGAGGGCAUGCAGACGGUUAAAUGACUUUGCCAGUGCUGUCCGCAUCUUGGAAGUCGUAAAGGACAAGGCGGGACCUCACAAGGAAAUCUAUCCUUACGUUAUCCAGGAACUUAGACCAACUUUGAGUGAGCUGGGAAUUUCCACUCCAGAGGAACUGGGCCUGGACAAAGCAUAAACCUCAUUGGUGCGUUACUCGAGCGUUUCACUGCUGCCGCCUGACUGUGCAGUCGCCUGGAGCCACGCGUGUUGAAAUCUUACUUAUUUGAAAUAACUUCUUCCUUUAUUGAGUCACAAUGUAUGUGAUGUGAACCUGGACCUAAUAAAGGAAAAACUGUUUUGACUGAUGUGGUAA